AUCGCUUUCUAUCAUUGACGACCAUCGAUCGUUCAUUUAUAUGGGGAUCAUUUUUUUUUUUUUUUUUGACAAUGAUGCAUGAAAGUAUCUCGUGCUGGUUUUUAUAUUGACGUUUUAUUAAGAAGAGAUCAUUAUUGUAUUAUAAACUGUACUGAAAAAAAAAAAAAAAAAAAAAAAAGAAACAUGACCACGGCGCUUUAUCUAGAGCAUUAUUUGGACAGUUUGGAACAUUUACCAAUUGAAUUACAAAGAAAUUUUACAUUAAUGCGAGAUUUAGAUGCAAGAGCCCAAGGACUUAUGAAAGAGAUAGAUAAACUGGCAGAUGAUUAUUUAAUGAAUAUAAAGAAGGAGUCAACAGAAAAAAAGAAAGAACAGCUGUCUCAUAUUCAGAGUUUAUUUAAUAAAGCUAAAGAAUAUGGCGACGAUAAAGUUCAAUUAGCGAUUCAAACAUAUGAACUUGUAGAUAAGCAUAUUCGAAGGUUAGAUUCUGAUCUUGCGAGGUUCGAAGCAGAGAUACAGGAUAAAGCUUUAAAUAACAGCAGAGCUCAAGAAGAAAGUACUUCUACUAAAAAGGGAAGGAAAAAAUUAAAGGAGAAAGAAAAACGGAAGAAAGGCACAGCAGGAGCUAGUAGCGAGGAUGAAUCUAAAAGUGCUAGGAAAAAACAAAAGAAAGGUGGUUCAGUUGCUUCAGCUUCUUCGGCCGGAGCUGUUGGAAGCGGUGCUCAAGUAGAUUCCACCACGCUUGGUCAUCCCGCUGAUGUUUUGGAUAUGCCAGUAGAUCCUAAUGAACCAACUUAUUGUUUGUGUCAUCAAGUAUCGUAUGGAGAAAUGAUAGGCUGUGAUAAUCCGGAUUGUCCUAUUGAAUGGUUCCAUUUUGCCUGCGUUGGUUUAACCACUAAGCCAAAAGGAAAGUGGUAUUGUCCUAAAUGUACGCAGGAUAGGAAAAAGAAAUGAAUGCCAAAGGAGAUACAGUUGUAUUAAGAAAUUUUGAAAGAAGAAAGAACUUCGUCAUACGCCAGUUCUAAAAUUAGUGAUUGAACAUAAAUUAAAAUUUAUUUGUAUGAAAAAAUAUAGAAAGCCCUGUACUUUUAUUGCAUUCAAAAUUGAUGAGUAAUCCUGCGAUAGAAAACUAUUUUUUGUUUUCAGAUAAACGCAGGGUUUAAUUGAUUUGAGAUAAUCACAAACAACUCAUUAAUUUUUAUUGUAAUGAAAGCAUGGAACAGCAUAUCGCAGAA